UCUGCCCCGAGGCGGGCCAUUCAUGAGCUCUCUCCCUGAGGGUCAUUCCCAGGCUCUGGACUUCUUUCCUCAUAUCCUCCUCCUGCCGCUGCCACGUCCUUUUCCUGUUUUUCUAUUCCCACAUCGUCAGCCUGAGCGAUAGCACCCGGGUCUCGGGUCACUUCUCCAUCUCUAUCCCCAUCCUUCACCCCUGUAUUUGAGUUAGCAUCCUGGACUGCGGGCCUGGUUUCAAAUCCCAGCUCUGCUGCUUACUAGCUGUGUGGCCUUGGGGAAGUGCCUUAGCCUCUCUGUAACUCAGUUUCCUCCCAUGUAAAGUAGAAGUGGUUGUAAGUACCUGCCUCAAAGUGUUUUUGCAAGGAUGGAAUGAAUGGGUGCAUGUGGUCAAGUUCUGAGAACACAGCCUGGCCACUAGGAAGUGCCGCGAAUGUGGUGGGUGUUCCUGUUGUUUGUGUUGUCGUUGUUGCUGUGGCCACAGCAGCUGUUUUCCCAGUCCCAGAAGGAGAUCCCAGUUCCCCCAGAGGCAGGUUUUCUGCCAUGUGACCCAACACCAGAGCACCUUCUGCAGCCAGAACCUGUGGUCAGGGUGUGAGUUACUUCUCAACUCCUUAUUCAACUUGGUUAGCCACAGCUGGGCUGGGCAUGCAGGGUGGCAAUGCCAGGGUUAAAGGCAGGGGGUGCCCAUUCCAAGCUUAGCCAGGCGGUGUCUAGUUGGAACUCCAUUCUACCCCAGUCCUUCUGAAGCAGCGAGGGGAGCCUCAGGGGUGUUGGGGUGACCACAGGGCACAUUCCAUGACACUGGACAUGACUCAAGUGGAAAUAGUGGGUCUCUAGGCGGGUCACACUGCAUGGUCACUGGCUCCACAGAGUCCAGGCUGCGGGGGCAGAGUUGGCUCAGGCCAAGAAAACAGCUUUCAGAAGGCUUUUGGCUCAGCUGUGUCCAGGGCGUCAGUGGGGGAGGCAGAGAGCCAGUGCUCCAGGACAGGAUGUAUCCUCCUGACAUGGCCACUUCCCCUCAGCCACUCACCACUAAGGUCGCCAGUUCUGAGAACAGCAGCGACUUCUAUGACUAUGAGUACUACUUGGACAACGUGGUCUUCGCGCCCUGCAUGAAGCACGAGGUGUUGGCCUUUGGCAAAGUCUUCCUGCCGGUCUUCUACAGCCUGGUCUUUGUGCUGGGCCUGAGCGGGAACCUCCUCCUCCUAGUGGUCUUGCUCCGGUACGUGCCUCGCAGGAGGAUGACGGAAGUCUACCUGCUGAAUCUGGCCAUCUCCAACCUCCUGUUUGUGGUGACCCUGCCCUUCUGGAUCAUCACUGUGGCCUGGCAUUGGGUCUUCGGCAAUUUCUUGUGCAAGAUGGUGAGCACUCUCUAUACCAUCAACCUCUACAGUGGCAUCUUCUUCAUUAGCUGCAUGAGCCUGGACAAGUACCUGCAGAUCGUCCACGCUCAGCCCCACCACAAGCUGAGGACCCGGGCCAAGCGCUGGCUCCUCGCUGUCAUAGUGUGGGCUGUGGCCCUGGCUGUCUCCAUCCCUGACAUGGUCUUUGUGCGGACCCACCAAAACCAUGAGGGGGUGUGGAACUGCUAUGCGGAUUUCGGGGGGCAUGGGACCAUCUGGAAGCUCAUACUCCGCUUCCAGCAGAACAUCCUGGGGUUUAUCCUUCCACUCUUCGCCAUGAUCUUCUUCUACUUCCGCAUCGGCUCUGCCCUGGUCAGGCUGAGGCCCCCAGGCCAGGGCCGGGCUCUGAAGGUAGCCGUUGCCCUCGUGGUGGCCUUCUUCGUGCUCUGGUUCCCGUACAACCUCAUCUUGUUCCUGCACUCGCUCAUGGACCUGAAAGUCUUCGGGGACUGCAAGACCAGCAAUUACCUGGAUUAUGCGCUGCAGGUCACAGAGAGCAUCGCCUUCCUUCACUGCUGCGUCACCCCCGUCCUCUACGCCUUCUCCAUCCGCUGCUUCUGCCAGUACCUAAAGGCUUUCUUGGCCGAGUUGUUUGGACGGCGCCAGGGACCGUGCCCUGUCCAGGCCCCGCUGUCCAGCUGUUGUGAGAGUAGCAGCCUCACCAUCCAAGAAAUGACCAGCAUGAAAGACCUUGAGGAGGGGCAGUCUGAGGACUCCCCCAACAAGGGGGCUCUCGGGGAAUAUAAAUCCUCAGCGGCUAUGCCACAGUCUGGUGAGAGUGGAGGGGGCCCGACUGAGCUGGGCAUCCACCCAGCGUCUUCUCUCCAAGGGCCCCAGUGACCACGUUGCUCAGCCCAGAGCUCAGUCCUCAGCCCUCAGCCCUCGGCAGCACCCGCUCACUCCUUCCAGGACAUCAUACUCCCUGAUCUGCUUCAGCGGUCGCCCAACUGACCUCUGUGUCCUGUUGUCACCUUCUCCGGUCAUCUACUCUGCACCCAGCAGCCAGAGUGAUUGCAACAUCUACAGCCUUCACUGCCAUCUCCCUCCCAGAAGCCUGAGGCCACCCACCCACCAAGCUGCUCCUGGCCCUCUAGUUCAGUUGAGGAAAUUCUGGUGUUGUUUUGUUUAAUGUUGCAACCUUGGUGGUGGCUCCGGAGCCUGGCAGUCCAGAGACUCUGGGGAUGUAGCACCUGGGGACCUGCUAAGGGGGAAAGGCAGGCGUGGCUCAGUCCAGGAGCAGGCUGCCCACCCUCCAGCCUGGGAAGUGUGGCGAGGGCAUUCGCAGCAGUUACUACCUAGGAAAACAUCUCUUUUCUUCCUGGGGUGCCUGGAAUUGCACCAUUGGCACGACAUUCCUGACUGGCUUUGUUAUAAGCUUUCCUCAGAGAAGACACAGAGUGGGUUUUUCUCUGAGGGAGAGAAAAACUGGUGCAGGGAUGAGAACUGCUGGGUCAGGACAGGUCUCAGUCUUCCUACUGCCUCAAGCCUCUGCGAAGAAGGAAGGGGGGCCCUUGGAGAGGGUGUCUCCAGCAGCCCCCAUGGGGAUCAGCGGUGGGCAUUGGCCUGUAAGUGCAUUCUCUAACUCUGGGAACUCACGGCUUCCUGGGAGGCCUGUUGUUACAUGGACAUCCUUGGCUGUGGGAUAGGAUACUUGUACUUACUUCAUACCCAACCACUGAGGCUUCCCUCAGUCUCAGACCCUCAGACAGGUCACAGGAUCCAUGAGGUUCAAUCUCAGUUGGGACUCUGGGCCCUGACUCAGUGGACUGGAGCCCUCAGCCCUUACCCAGCUUGUCCAUAGGCCAGGCUCCUGGCCCGUGGUCCUUUGGGUGUGGGUGUGGGGGUGGGGGGGAAGAGACAGGAUGCAGCACCCAGGUCUGGGCAUGGUCAAGGAGGUAUGUGAAGGCCCUGCCACUUUGCUUCAUUCCACACCUGCGCUGGCACCAGGCCUGACUAUGUGGGCAGGUUGUUGGGGACCUCCCCAUGGUCAGCCCCCAGCCUCUCAGCCCCUUUCUCCCUCUCCUGUGCACCCUACUAACUCUAUAUAAGCUGGCCCCUCAUGAAAUAGGAUGGGAUGUCCCAUCUUCUCCUAAUGCAUUUAUAUGGGAUGUCAGGCUCAGCAUUUAGGGGCAGCUAGACCCAGAGAAAGGCAGGCCCUGACCCAGAAUCACAUAGCUGGUGGGGACAGACUCCUGAUAGUCUAUUAUCUGGGCAAAACUCAGGGCAGAACAGGCAACCUCAACAGGAAGGAAGAGGUGUCGGGGAGGAGUAGCAGAGAGAAGCCCCACUGGGCAGUCCUUGCAGGGGGUCCAUGCUUCUGGGGCCUCCCUCCUCCAGGACCCUACAACAGUUCCCAUGAUCACAGCCCCAGCCAGGCCCUGCCAUCAGCCAGCUUCCCCUCCCCCUCUCCCACCCCUGGUAAGUAUGCCCGGCAACAGGAACUGUCUCUAGUUCAUAUGCCAGAAAGCUAAGUGAGGGCAUGGAGGGAAGGAAGUGAUUUGAGGACGUGAAGUAAAUUAGCUGAGACUGGAAGUCAGGUUUCUAUAAUUUAAUCCACAUCUGGGGAAUUGGGGGGGUCAGAGAUGAGGAAUAUACCAAGCCUCAUGGGCUCCAGUGUGGGGAGGGGACAGGAGGAGAAAUCCCGGACAGAUAGCAAGGACACAUAACAGAUGCGCGGUGAUGCAAACAGUACUUGGGGAGCCCCCAUAGCUGGAGGCCAGAGGAUGGGAUGGGGACCUAAGAAGGCUUCCAGGAGUAGCUGGCACUGGGGUUGGCAGGACAAGCAAGCAGCUGUGCUUCCUAGACCCAGAGAGUUCCACUAGGGAAAGCUGGUGACGUUGAAUUGCACGGGAUGGACAAUUUGGAGACCAACUGAGGCAAAACUUAAAUAAUACCAGGUGCGGGAAGGGAAUGGGGAACCAGAAAAUAAAAUAGUGACAAUUAGAGAUGCUUUUAGAAGAAAGGUCUCUGGCAGCAGAGUGAGCAGAGGGCCUGGCAGGCUGGGCGUGGAGAGAAAUGCUUGAAUCACUUCUACAUGAAGUCAGCAUUUCUCUACUGGCUGUCCCUGUCUGGUGGCCACCACCCACACAUGGCUGUGGGAGCCCUUGGAAUGGGGCUGACUUGACCUGAGACGUGUUGGAAGGGUAAAAAGUGCAUACCAGGUUUUUGAACAUACAAUAUACAGAUGAUGUUUUAUAGAAUCGUACCCCUGAAACCUAUAUAUUUUAUUAACCAAUGUCCCCCC